AGUAAACAGCAGUACAAGCAACUCAUCACCGCACGUCUGCACCACCUUUGGCUCUUGGCACCCCGCUCUAUCUCGUCCCUCCGUAGUGGAAGCAGUGCCAGUGCCAGUACCAGCAGUGGGAAAAAGAGGACGCGAAAUGAUCCGGCUGAAGAAGAAACAAGAUGAUGAGAAGGCCGCUGAGGCAGCAGCGGCAAUGGAGAUAGACGAGGAAACACCAUCGAACGCGGCCGCUCAACCAAAAGCGGACGAGGAGAAGGCCGCAGGGAAGCUUCAUGUUCUGGGGAUUGGCGGCCGAAGGGCCAAGAGGGGUAGUGCGAAGGCAACCGGAACAAAGAAGACACCGGGAGAGAUUCGUAUACAGAAGGACAUUGCGGACUUGGAUGGCGGAAGCGUAGCAGAGAUCACUUUCCCAAACCCCAACAACCUUACUUCCUUCAAGGUCAAGGUGCAGCCGGACAGCGGGUUCUGGAAGGGCGCGUCGUACCACUUUACCUUUACUAUUCCUGCGCUGUACCCUCACGACCCACCCAAAGUGCUGUGCGAGACCAAAAUCUACCACCCCAAUAUAAACUUGCAGGGGAACGUGUGCCUCAACAUCUUGCGGGAAGACUGGAAGCCGGUGUUGGAUAUCAACGCGGUUAUCUACGGGCUCAUCUACCUGUUCUACGAGCCAAACCCCGAGGACCCCCUCAACCACGAAGCUGCAGAGCUCUACCGCGACAACAUAAGCCAAUUCGAGCGAACAGUGAAGAGGACUCUCGCAGGCUGCGUCAUGCACGGGGAGACAUUCCAACGACUGAUUUGACUUGAUGACAUCCUGCUCAGUGUAUGUUUUUGUUGUUUUUGGACGCUGAGGGUUGAGCAAAGACGUUUUGGGAAGGCUGGCUGAAGACCCUCGAUCGACUGGCUCGGUCUCCGAAGCAGCCCUUGAUCUUGCUCGGAUGGCAACUGCACAGUUGGAAGAGAAUGCUCGAAUGUAUUAUACGCGGCGGCGUUAUGCACACAAGCAUCUCCUGCGUUUUCCAGACAUGGUUUUGGACCCGCCGUGCAUUCAACGAACGUAAAUUGUGCGAUUUCGAUGAAGCCGCCAAGAGCUGGGUUCGCUCGAAAUGCAUCCUGGUCGGUAACGACAAAAGCUCUCAGACUUGCGCAACCACUACCAUAGUUGACGUGUUUUCGUAUUGUUGAGUUGCUUUCUCCGCCGUAAUGUCCCAUCUUCAUGCGGGUCUCGCACAUAAGCACCCCGGG